AUGACUACCCUGAAAAACUGGAACCAUGCAAUAGUCUAUGAAGUUGCCGACGGCCAGUACAAAUCGCCAACGGAGAUAUCAGAGGUGCAGGAAAUUGUUAAACAUGCUUAUCAAAAUGACAUGCCUGUUACCGUGGCUGGAUCCCGUCAUUCUACCACCGCUUGCAUGGUGGGCAGUGGAAUCAACUUGUCCAUGCAAAAUUUUGACCGCAUCCUGUCCGUCGACAAAGGAAACCGUACAGCGACAGUCCAAGCUGGUGUGACCCUAUCCAAGCUUGGAUCCCAUCUGAGACAGAUGGGCCUACAGCCUCCGCUUGUCCUGGAAUGGGGAAAUUAUCAUAUCGGCGCCAUCAGUGGUACCCAUGCUAAUGACACCGAAACGGGAAGAGCAGCUCAGUUCUCAUCCUAUGUUCUUGGGGUCAAACUUGUCACUCCGACUGGGGAGCUCAUGGAGAUAUCAGGGAACCACAACGCGGAAUAUUUGCCAGCUAUUCGAUCUCACUUCGGUAUGUUUGGGGUUAUUUAUGAGGUUACACUAGAGGUUCGAGAGAAUCGGCCCUUGUCGAUUACGUUUAUGAAGGUGAACCUCGAUGACUUCCUCGACAAUUUUCAUGAAGAGAUCCAGUCUCUCAAGAUUAACUAUGAUCAUGUAUUCGGGAUGUUAUGUCCCCAGUCCGGGAAAUUGUACUGGCAGGGUCGAAAGUUCAUCGAGCAAGAGAAAACGAGCCGACAUUUCUUAUCCACAUGGAAAAACAGGGUAGGUGCGAAAAACGCUCUUUUCAAGAUCGCACUCUCCCUUAUUCGAGCUACAUCACCAGUGAGCUGUUCUGCAACGAGAGCCAAGGUUCUCAGUAUAGCAUUUGUCGGGCUACCGAUGGCGAUAGUCAAGCACAUCCCCUAUGUGAUCAAUCCUUGCGAUCGAGGAAAGCUAUACGAGGAGAAAGACGCACGCCUUGACUUCUACGAUUGGGUGUUUCCUGAGAAAAACUGGGUUGGUAUGGCCAGAUCAUUUCUACAGCUAAGCUAUAAAUUCCGGAAAGACCAUAAUUUUGGUCUGCCUUUACCGGCCCUGAUCUACUUCAUCCCAAAAGACCAAGCUUCCCUGUUGUCCAGAUCGCGCGAUGCAAACAUGAUGGCAAUCGAUCCUUUGUACCCAUACCCCGAGGAUACAACAUGGAAAGAAUUCCGCUUGGAAUUCAACAAAAUCGCAAUGUUGCACGGAGGAAUCCCACACAUCAACAAGACCCGUGAUGGUGCGGUGUAUUGCUUUGGAAAGGCGAUUGAUCCCGCUGUAAUGCACCUCUUUCUCAAACAGCGAGCGCAUUUUGACCCGAAGAAUUUGUUUUUGAACGACCACUUUAGAGAAAUGUUUGCGGAGUACCUCUAG